GCGUGUCCGGGAGCCUCGGCCGCACCAGCUUACAUGUGAGCAUGAGUCUUCUCAUGAUCAGUGAGAAUGUAAAGUUGGCUCGUGAAUAUGCAUUACUGGGAAACUAUGACUCUGCAAUGGUCUAUUAUCAGGGAGUUCUUGACCAAAUGAAUAAGUAUCUAUACUCAGUCAAAGAUACAUACCUCCAGCAGAAAUGGCAACAGGUUUGGCAGGAAAUAAAUGUGGAAGCUAAGCAUGUUAAGGAUAUCAUGAAAACACUUGAGAGCUUUAAACUGGACAGCACCCCUUUAAAAGCUGCGCAGCAUGAACUUCCGGCUUCUGAAGGAGAAGUGUGGUCCUUGCCUGUACCUGUUGAACGAAGUGGUCUCCUGUUGGUUAGACCCUCACCAGGACCUAGGAAACGCCAGUCUUCUCAGUACCAUGACCCUAAGCCACACAGUAACCGCCCAGGCACAGGCGUCAGAGCGCAUCGUCCAUCUGCACAGAGUCUUCACAAUGACAGAGGGAAAGCUGUGCGUAGUCGUGAAAAGAAAGAGCAGAGUAAAGGAAGAGAGGAAAAGAACAAAUCACCUGCUGCAGUUACAGAACAAGAGGCAAAUAAAUUUGACAGCACUGGAUAUGACAAGGACUUAGUAGAAGCUUUGGAAAGAGAUAUAAUUUCUCAGAAUCCCAAUGUUCGUUGGGAUGAUAUUGCUGAUUUAGUAGAAGCUAAAAAGCUGCUUAAGGAAGCAGUGGUGUUACCAAUGUGGAUGCCAGAGUUCUUUAAGGGCAUUAGGAGGCCAUGGAAAGGAGUACUGAUGGUUGGUCCACCUGGCACUGGGAAGACCCUUCUUGCUAAAGCAGUUGCUACAGAAUGCAAGACAACAUUCUUCAAUGUCUCUUCGUCAACCCUGACUUCUAAAUACAGAGGAGAGUCUGAGAAGCUUGUCCGUCUUCUGUUUGAAAUGGCUCGAUUUUACUCUCCAGCUACCAUAUUUAUUGAUGAGAUAGAUUCCAUUUGUAGUCGUCGCGGGACUUCAGAAGAGCAUGAAGCAAGCCGAAGGGUGAAAGCUGAGCUGCUGGUUCAAAUGGAUGGUGUUGGAGGAGCCUCAGAAAAUGAUGACCCUUCCAAAAUGGUUAUGGUUCUGGCAGCCACAAAUUUCCCCUGGGAUAUAGAUGAGGCUUUACGACGUCGUCUUGAGAAAAGAAUCUACAUUCCUUUACCAUCAGCAAAAGGCAGGGAAGAACUAUUAAGAAUAAGUCUUCGAGAGCUGGAAUUGGCUGAUGAUGUUAACCUUGCAAUCAUAGCAGAAAACAUGGAAGGUUACUCUGGUGCGGACAUUACCAAUGUAUGCAGAGAUGCAUCCUUGAUGGCCAUGAGAAGGCGUAUUGAGGGUCUAACUCCAGAAGAAAUCCGAAACCUUUCAAGAGAAGAAAUGCACAUGCCUACCACCAUGGAGGAUUUUGAAAUGGCUUUAAAGAAGGUUUCUAAGUCAGUAUCAGCUGCAGACAUUGAAAGAUAUGAGAAAUGGAUAGUUGAGUUUGGAUCAUGCUAACUUCUCACAUGUAAACUGUGAGAAAUCUGCCUUAAGUCUUUGAAACAUAAUUAAAUGUAGUAUUUCAUUGCACUGAGUGCUAUAUUUUUUUAAACUUUAAUAAUGGUGAGAUUUUUAAAUUCUGAUUCUGAAUAAAGGCAUUGUUUUUAAGCUGCA